AGUCUGGGAAAUCAGUGCCAGCCGACAGCAGUCCUAGACCGAGCGCCUUCUCCUCAGUUCCUGUGAUCAUUGGUGAAAGUAUCACUAAACAAUAGCAUCUUAAUUAACUGUAAAAGCUGUGUUCGAAUGAAGUGUUUGAGAGCCCGUUUUUAUCAGUUUGGAAAAUGAAUAUGUUUGAAGAAUCAAGCUGCCUGUUUUGCUUGAUACGUUGAAGCAUCAAAAUAUGGUAUAGUAUUAUCAAACGUCCAGUUCCGUGUACUGAAAAGAGACAGGUAUCACUUUCCGUAAACAGGAAAGAGAGUGUCAAGAGCAAAGAUGCCUUUUCGUUGGCUGAUGAAGAAGCUGAGGAGAAGAUACGAGAGAGACUACAGCUCGAGCAAGGACAAAAAUGCCAAAGCAAGAGGCAGAUCCAACAGCCUGGGAGAUCUACCCAGUGCAUCCAAGAACGACCCGAAAGAUGAACCAACGACCACCAACCAGAGCAACUCCCAGCCACAUGUGUAUGUGAACGCCGAUGCGGAACAGAAAAACUCAUUACCGGCAAAUAAUCGUGAGGCACCUGAGGGGCGACUGUAUGUAGUCUUGUAUGAUUACGACGCCAGAACAACGGGCGAACUCAAUAUCAGAAAAAACGAGAUAGUUGAGGUCUUGGAUGAACCAACAGCCGGGUGGUGGUACGUAAAAAAAAAUUCGGAAAUAGGUUACAUUCCAGCCAAUUACAUCGCCGAGUAUAUGAGCAUCCAAGCACAAGAAUGGUACUUCUCUGGAAUGAGAAGAGUGGAAUGCGAACAUCUCCUCUUGUCCCACUACAAUCCUCAAGGCUCCUUCCUCAUCCGGGACUCUGAGACUAGGAGUGAUUCCUACUCUUUGUCAGUCGUCUGCGAUAACAAAGUGCGCCACUACAAGAUUCACUAUACCGAUGACGGUACAUAUGCCAUCAACAAAUCGUUGUCGUUCAAAUCCCUGGAGUUGCUUGUGGCCUUUUACCAAAAAGAGAGCGCUGGACUCUGCACGCGGCUGACCAAACCUUGCACCAAGGUUUGGAAUCCCGACACUGUUGGUCUUUCUUUCGACACUUCCGACCAAUGGGAGAUUCCAAAGAGCCUGAUAAAACUAACGAAACUUUUGGGAUCUGGGAAUUUUGGCGAAGUCUACGAAGGGCUCUACAACGACCAGACCAAAGUUGCCGUUAAAACACUGAAGCCCGGCACAAUGCGAAAAGAGGACUUCUUAGCCGAAGCUCAGUUCUUGAAGAAAUUGCGUCACAAGAACCUGCUCCAGCUGUAUGCCGUGAGUACGAAGGAGGAACCUCUGUACAUCAUCACAGAACUCAUGCAACAUGGGUCGUUGCUCAGCUACUUGAGAGAUGGUCCUGGAGAGAAAGCAGAGCUGGAGGAACUCAUUCACAUUGCAGCUCAAGUAGCUGGUGGGAUGUGGUACCUGGAAACUGAGAACUACAUUCAUCGAGAUUUAGCAGCCAGGAAUGUCCUCAUUGGAGCAGAUCUUCAAGUUAAAGUUGCUGAUUUUGGAUUAUCAAGACUUGUCGAUGAGGAAAUUUACCAGGCAAGGGAAGGAGGGCAGUUCCCAAUCAAAUGGACGGCACCUGAAGCUUUGUCCCACAGCAAGUUCUCCAUAAAAUCUGAUGUCUGGGCAUUUGGAGUCCUUCUGUACGAAAUUAUCACCAAAGGAAGCAGACCUUAUCCUGGAAUGAGCAACAACGAAGUCCAGGAGAAACUGGAGCAGGGGUAUCGUAUGCCCAAACCAACCUGCUGCCCACAGCUACUAUAUCAAAUCAUGUUGAACACUUGGGACAUCGAACCCCAGAGAAGACCCAACUUUGAAACAUUGCAGUGGAAAUUAGAAGAUUUCUUCAGUCUUGAGCACUCUGAGUAUAAAGACGCUGACUCAGUGGCCUGAUCUACUGGUCAGAAACUUGUUUUCAAAACACCUCUGGUCUGUGUUGCAUUCCAAAUAAUUAGACAUUUUUAGAUUAAGUUUGAUAGUAAAGAAUACUGGUUUGUCUGUUUUUCAAGGAGCAGGCCUCUUUUAGGUGGGAGCGAGCAUGCAAUCUUGAAUACUGUGAGCUAUAAUUAUGUAAAAGUCUAUAACAUGAAAUACCUAACAAACGUCCUAACCACAAACAAGAAACAUAACUUUAUAAAAAUAAUAUAGGGAAGAAGUGUCAUAUGUAAUGGAUAUAUAUAAUAAAUUCCACAAAUGAAAAUAAAUCAUUUGAAAACCCUUCGGAAAAGUGUUAGUUAUAAAGGGACCCAAGAACUGGUUAUCAUCGUAACUACAAUGAAAGCUUCUAUCACAAGGGAUUGAUGUUUGCAUAGGAUUUAGAUUUUCUGAUGAUGAGAAGUGAGUCAAAGGAUGAUAGGGUUAGGAAGCAAGGAAAGAACUCACAAUUAAUUUGAGACUUAUGGCAGGCAAGGGAAGUGUUCUAUUCAGGCGCAAUUCAGUUCAGUAAAUUUCCACUAAGCAUCGACAGGCGAUUCUUCAUCUUUGCUGAGGUCUGAAUGAAUUUGGUUUCAAAGAUAAACUAUUAAUAUAUUAGAUUUGCUAAUUCAGAGGAAGAUUUUGUAACCAGGAAACGAUUCGGUGAGAUUACUGGAAAACGAACCCUGCCAGGAAGAAAACAAUAGCCAUUAAGAUAAUUAGACUAGAGGAAAUGCCGUUAAAUUCAGACUACGAAAAUCUUAAAGGAAAGACCGGCAUCAUCAAGGUCUCCAACGCUCUCUGCGGCAUUCUGCCACCCAUAUCCUUCCUUCAUUCGCUAUAUAUUCUAUAAAUCUCCACUCAUCUCUAACCUCCCUUGUCGCUGUUGUCAUCGAAGCAAACCGGGGUCUUCCAGUUCUCAUGGAGUCCACUAUACCUGACAUCUUAUCACGAACGAUUUUCCUGGAGGUGUGCGGACGGACGGAGGAGUGAGAGCCAGCUCCAUCUCCCUUCCAUUAUCAUCUCAUCUACAUAUGGAGUCUUCAUCGUAUUUCUUAUACCCUCAUUUCCGACUCUAUCCUACCCUCUAACUCCUGAUAUUCUUAUUGAAGCUCUAUUCUAAAGUCAACAAAAUCUUCUUGAUAGAGUUUUAGGCGGUUCCAGUCAAUUUGAUUUCUUAGUCUUAUUCAGCCUGCCAAUUAAAAGUUCGAUUUGCCAUAUUUAGUACUGGAAAUCAUUGUUCCUAUGCACUCGAAAAAAUCAGACCUCAUUAGUCCUUUCUUCGUUAAAUAUCAUUUCAUUUAUUUUCAAACGUUCUUGCCACAUUACUUAGAUAUACUUAUGAUGCUUCCGGUUAAAAAAUAGUAUCAUUCUUGUGAGUUUUGUUGAUUAAAACAGCAUCGCCUAAGUAGAUAAAGACUUUCUGUCUUUAUCUACUUAGGCCUUCUCUUCCAUCUCUGACCACUUUUUCCAUUAUGAAAUCUAUGAGAACAGCAAACAUCGAGGGUGAAAAAAUAUCCCCUUGUACCACCCACACCGUUUACUGCAAAUUUACUUGACUAGACCCCAUCGACAUUAACUAAUCAAUAUUGGAGAUAUAUAUAUA